UGUCACACGAAGUUCGUUUGUCGGCCGCUACGCUCCCUUCCACCGUCGCGCUUUCGCCUCGCUCAGCCAAACAGUCCACGUUAUCACGCAACGUACGACACCGCACUGCGUAAACAGCACAAAAUCACUAAAUAAACCUCAACCAAACGGCAAAAAACAGUUAAAGUUUCGUUUAAAAUACCGUUACAAUGAGCAAAAUAAGAUCCGGAGUGAAAUAAACAACGCCUGCACGCUGUUCCGCCAGUUUUUUUUUAUCUAGAAGGCGCGAGGACUGUUACAAAACUGUAUAACUACUGUGUGAUAACCCCUGUGCGAUGUUGGGGGAGAAUUUUGGUUAAGAAAUUGUGUCCGGACGUUUUAUUGGACUUAUUGCGAAUGUGUAUUGAAACGUUCAUAGCUAUCCACGGGCGCACUGCUAUGCGCCACGAUCUAGUACAUUUCAUACGACACACAUCAUCUGACCACUACUGCGAAGGCAGAAUUUAGCUUCCGAGCCAGAUCGCUAUUGAUGGCGCUGCUCAGCGCUCAGCCUCACAGCGAUUGGUAUACAUAUUUCUGGUUGAUAUACUGCAAAAUCUACUCGGCCAUCAUAUGGUUGGUCGGCAAUCACUGCCGCGGAGCUGAUAAGAGCCGGGUCGUGAUAACCGCCGGCGUUGGGAGCCAGUCGCCUUCAGGCCUUCACAGAGUGCGCACGCGCCGCAGGAAACCGCAGCAGCAGCACCGCGUUAGACACAUCGUCGUCGCUUUAGCCAGAAGACCAUCUUUGAGAAGAAUAGUGAUGGCCCCCGGAGCUAGCACUGCCCACGCCAUGAUGGAAGACAAGGAGAAAGCACUCCACGGAGCAUUGGCGUCAGUGUCUCUGCGCACACGCCGCAUCAGCCAGUUCGCGCCACUGCUCAUCGUACUGGUUGGUCUGCCCGCCAGGGGCAAGAGCCAGCUUGCUCACCGCCUGUCCAGGCACCUCAACUGGAAUGGAGAAAGCACUAAAGUGUUCGACUGCAGCGAGUACCGUCGCCGCCGCAUGGCCCUCUAUGGCAGCCACGACAUCUUCCGCGCAGACAACGCGCAGGGCUCCGCUAUCCGCCGGCAGAGCGCCAGCGAGGCUGUGCAGGAUGCCGUGCUGUGGCUCAAGGAUGGGAACAGCGUUGCUAUCUUCGACGGCACCAACAUUACCCGCGAACAGCGCCGGGAGUUGAACGACUACUGCCUCGGUGAGAUGGGCUUUAGGAUUCUGUUCAUCGAGUGCGUUUGCGAGGACCAGGAGCUACUUGAGAGGAACAUCAUUGAGAUCCUUCAUUACUCCGCUGAUUACAAGGCGAUGAGCGAGGAGGAAGCCGUCGAUGAUUUGAGGAAGAAGUUGGAGCACUACAUGAGGCAAUAUGAGCCCAUUGAUGCUAAUUUGGAGAACAUCAGCUUCGCCCGCGUGGAGAAUAUGGGGGAGACUGUGACAGCGCACAAAGUCGCAGGGCAGAAGGAGUCUGGUAUCCUCGGGUACCUGUCGGGCAUGAGGGGUAUGCCACAGACCCUCUACUUCACAAGGCACGGCGAAAGCGAGUACAACGUCUUAGGACGCAUUGGAGGCGACGCGCAGUUAUCUCCACGUGGGCAGCAGUACGCGCAUGCGCUGGCCGAGCACAUCAACGCGGUGGCCAAUCACGAGCCGAUGACCGUGUGGACUUCGGAACUCCGGCGCACCAAGCAAACCGCUGCGGAGAUCAGGGCACCGAAGAGGGCCGUGAGAGCGCUUAAUGAAUUGGAUGCUGGCAUCUGCGAAGGCCUAACCUACGAAGAGAUGCAAGAACGCUUCCCGCAAGAGUUCGCGUGGCGUGACCAGGACAAGUUGCGCUACCGCUACCCGUGGGGCGAGUCGUACAUAGAUAUCAUGACGCGCCUGCGCCCCGUGCUCACCGCGCUGGAAGACGAGCAUAAUGUGGUGGUGGUCGGACACCAGGCGGUCCUGCGCUGUAUGCUCGGGUACUUCUUGGACGCUAAGCUUGAUGAACUUCCCUACAUGACCGUACCCCUGCACACCAUCGUGAAGCUGACGUCAUACGGCUAUAAGUACAAGAUAGAGAUGAUCAAACUACCCAUCGAUUGCGUAGACACCCACCGCAAACAGCCCAAGAACUGUUCGAUCAGCCGCACCACAGCAGACGCGCUGGUAACCGUGCCGUCUCACUACGACACGCUGCCCUCCAACCUCUGGCAGAACUCUGCCGAAGCACAACUUUAGGCGCCAGAACUCCGACCCUAGGGGUCUUUGGCGCCCAGUCACACCAUACCAGCAUUACUAGGGUUACCCCCUCGGAUGAUGACCACAGUAUGGCCCACGUCCUCGGAUGUGAAAAACCCAGGACGACAUCACGCCAAGGCUGCAGAGUCAAUAGCGAUCUCUAAGCGAACAGACUUUGGUGUGAUCACACGCCAGUGUGAGAACGAUAACUUACGUGUUUAAGAUAAAUAUUUACAGUAUAAAUGAGAUGAGCAUGAGCACAAACUAUAGGAACGCGUAGACAUCGUUGUGUCACGGUCAAUUGUAUUUUAAUCUCAUUGUGUUUCACAGUAAAAUUAAAGCCAUGACUUUUCAUAUAGUUUUUGGUGCCUGUUCAUUGUAGUAAGCGCUCAUCCCUGUCUAGUGACAAUACAGUAGAUUUAAACGAUCUCCGUUUGAUAAAAUUAGCUCAACUGAAUUCGUACAAAUGUGAUGAACUGUGAGUGAGUUCCGCCACUUUACUAAUAAGACUGAAGGAAAUCCUUUUUCAAUCAAUCAAUCGUGUCAAUCAUAUGACUCAACCACAUUGAAUCAUAAAUAUUUUGUGUUCUUACUUUUUAAGUAGGUAUAUAGAUAGGUCAUUUAGUUAAUUACGUCUUUUGAUUUACGAUAUUUUGUUUAGAUAAGCACUUUUAAUUAUGAAACGUAGUUGCAAUGUGUUGCAUUGUAUGACGGAUUAUUGAAAUGUUUGGUCGAUAGUUAUAUCAGUAGAUAAUAAUGGUUUAAGACGCCCAUUUUGUGGACUAUCUAAUACCUAUUAAUAAGUGUAAGCUUUAUUGUCAUUUUCUUAUAACCUUAAGUUUAAAGAUAACGAAGUUUUUUGUAGAUUCUAGGAAUUGUGUGUCUUCAUCUGACUUAUAUUACAUGCUGAGCAGUUUAUUAUGUCUUGACGCAACAGUUCAUAUUAGUUUGAUUAAAGUAAAUGUUUUUUUACUAAAUGUGUUUUUAAACGAUUGAAAAAUGGAACGUACUUAUAAGGAAAUUCUUAAAUCUUAACUAUUCUUAAGAAUGACUUAACAUCCCACUGCUGGAAAAGUCUUCUAACAUAAGGUUUAAUAAUGGAAUUGUUGUAAUGGUUUCAGUAAGAACCCACUAGAAGAAUCCUCAAGUGAGGUAGGUUAUUAAGAUUUCAAUAGGAUUGUAAUCUCGAGCAUCUAGUAUUGUAUUUUUUUAUAAUAAAUACUGCUGCUAGUUUAAAA